UGGGUGUUUGAGGACGGUUGCCCUCUUCCUGGCGCCGGCCGCGGGAGAAUUCGAAUCGGGCGACGAGGGCGCCAAAGUGACUCGAGAGCAUCAGGCCCUGUAUGUUUACUUCAAACCUGGAAUGAAAGAGUGGAAGAGACUCAGAAUCAGGAGUAAGAAGGGAAAGAGAGAAAGUGAAUGAAGAAAUUGAGAGUUGCAAAAUUUUUGUGAAAGAAUACAACAUGAAAAAACGUGAAGCUUUCCUACAAGCUGUCUCUGAUGGUACCAUUGAUAAGUUCUUGCAUUUUAUUCAGCUCCAUAAGGAUGUGGCUGAUUCAUUUGACCUAAAUGAGCUGCUUCAAGAAUUAUCAAGGAAGCAGAAAGAAGCUUUAUGGGAGACGUUAAAACAUUUGUUAGCACAAGCUUUGGUAGAUGAUCCAGUAGAGGAAUGGCAGAGGGUUAGAGAAGAAUGUGAUGAGGACAUGGAGAGUGACGGAGCUUCUAAAAAGGAACAAACCUCGGCUGUGAUACAAGGUGUAACAACUGUAGUUACUUCUUCUAUAUCGGUAGUAGAUGAAAAUGCCAACUCCAAAGCUCUUCUAGAAUGUGCUUUGAUAUUAAAUGGCAUCCUUUUUGCAUUGCCUGACUCAGAAAAAUCUUUAUUGGGACCCAUCCAGCAUCUGUGUGAACAGUGGUGGGCAAAGGGACUUGAAGAAAAAGAACAGUUUGGGAAAACAGCAUUCCUCAUGUUUCUGAAAAACAGUGUCGAGAAGAAAACUGUGGUGGGAGCAGAUAUAAUCCGUUUAUGGCAUCUUCAUCGGGCUUUGUUGUGCUUUGAUUACGAUUUGGAAGAGAGUAAUGAAGUGAAAGAUUUAUUGCUUCGGUGCUUCAUGAGUGUUGCCCAUAUUAAAAAAGAAGAGGGGAGAAGAUUCCUAAGUUUUCUUUUCACAUGGAACGUCAACUUCAUUAAAAUGAUACAUGGCACUGUUAAAAAUCAAUUGCAAUGUUUUCCUAGGUCCCUGAUGACACAUAUUGCUGAAAUUUAUUUCAGAGCCUGGAAAAAAGCUUCAGGGGAGAUACUGGAGAUGAUUGAACACAGCUGCAUUCAAGAUUUCAUGCAUCAUGCAAUUCACCUGCCAAGAAACUCUCCACUACACCCCAAAGUGCGAGAGUUGCUGAGCUAUUUCCAUAAACAAAAUAAAUGCCGCCAGGGAGUUGAAGAAGUGCUUUUCAGACUUUAUCAACCCAUUCUUUGGAGAGCCUUAAAGGCCACAAACUCGGAAGUUCGAUCAAACGCGGCUCUGCUGUUUGUUGAUGCCUUUCCCAUUCUGGAUCCAUCUUUUAACAGAGAAGACACAGACAAUGAAAUUCAAAGGCAAUUUGAUGAACUUUUUAGUCUCCUGGAGGAUCCUCAGCCUCUAGUCCGCUCAACAGGAGUACUUGGUGUUAGUAAAAUAGCAUUCAAAUAUUGGGAAAUGAUUCCUGCGACUGUGCUUGCUGAUCUUUUAAGAACUUUGAUUGAAGAUCUUGCUUUUGAUACAACUUCAGCUGAUGUUCGAUGCUCUGUUUUUAAAUGCUUGCCUAUAAUUUUGGACAACGUACUAAGCCACCCAUUAUUGGAACAGCUUCUGCCAGCCCUGAAAUACAAUCUCCAUGACAAUUCAGAGAAAGUUAGAGUGGCUUUUGUUGAUAUGUUGCUGAAAAUUAAGUCUGUCAAGGCUGCGAAGUUUUGGAAAAUCUGUCCUAUUGACCAUCUCUUAACUCGCCUUGAGAUUGAUUCCCGGCCUGUGUCACGGCGCCUAGUAAAUCUUCUCUUCAGCUCUUUCUUGCCCAUUGACGAACCAGAAGAAGUUUGGUGUGAGCGUUGUGUGGCACUAAUCCAGAUGAAUCCAGCAGCAGCUAGAAAGUUCUAUCAGUAUGCUUAUGAAUAUACCAGUCCAACUAAUAUAGCUAAAUUGAUGCUUACCAUUCAGAACUGUUUGAACGCCUGUAUCCAGCAGGCAUUAAAGGCAUCCGAAAGCAAUGAUGAAGACAGUGAGAAGGAAAAUAUGAGUGUGCCAGAUGAUGUAUUGUCAGUUGAUGAUAUACCUUCUAUGGCAGGGUUACUUGAAGUUAUUGUAAUUCUCUGGAGAAGCAUCCACAAGGCACUUGAUCGCAAUGAAAGUGCCAAAAAUCAUAUCGUACAAAAAUUUGCUUCUGUAUUACCUGAAUACUUAAAAACAUUUAAGGAUGAUCGUUGUAUAUCUCCAAUAAUUAUUCUGGCAUCUUUCAUGCCACCUGCUGCUAUUCCUACAUUCAGUUGUGGUGUCCUCUCUAAACUGAGGAAUCUUGAAAAUGGUGCCACUGAAAAUAAAUAUUCUACCCUCCUUGACUGUCUGUGUCGCUGGGGGAAAGUGGGACAUGUUAUUGAAUUGAUCUGUGAUUGGAUAAGCGCUGAGCCAUGUGACGAAGAGAGCAACAAGGUUUCUAAACAGCGAGUACGUAUCCAAGAAACACAUGAGUCAAAACCAGAAUUGGCACUUGAUUAUGUAGAGUAUUUGCUGACUCAUUACAUGAAUCGGGACUGUCUUCUUUCACUUCCCAAAGAGAAACUGAACUACCUUCUGAAAGUUCUUGGAACUGCAAAGGAUAUUCUAGAUUCUUAUAUUGGAGAAAAUCGUGCAAGGUCUCCUGGCUUUUUCCAAGCAACGGCACUGAGAGCUUUCAGUCUGUACUGCAGAUUAAGCAUCCAUCUUCAAUACAAGUUUGCCUCGGAAGGACAGGAUUAUGUGUUAGCUUUGGAGGAAACGGGGGCCUGGAUAGAAAAUUGUAUUCUUCCAGCUGUUUUAAUAAAGGGACAGGAGAGUAGCUUGGAGCAAUCAAGUGAAACCUCUCAGCUGGUGGUUCAGACUUAUCUCACCAUGUGCAAAGAUUUUAUCGCUGUUGGUCUUGGUGAUUUAGAGUUUCAAGCGCAACUCCUGAACAUGGUGACUGCAAUCGUACAGAGAGAUAGAGGCUGGAUUUUCAUCUCGCCAUUACUCUGUAUCCUGCAAGAGAUGGUUGAAGCUUCUUUAACCUAUAACAGCGAUAGUGAGUAUUUGGUGGAGCUUCUUGACAACGUUCAGAGGAUGUUCCAGAAAAUUUUAGAAUGUAUUGCACUCAGGCUCAGAAGACAACAAGAAGAAGGAAUUCAGUUAAUUCGCUCUGUUCAAGAGCCUCUCGGAGAAUUCGUACACAUGGUCCAGUGUUGUGCUUUGACUUGUCCUGCUGUUCACCAUGGAGUCCUUUCUUCCCUAUUAGCUGCAGUAGUAGUUGAGACGGGUUACACCUUACAGUACAAGGCAUCAAAGCUAGAAGAGCUAAUUAUACCUAAGAGUUUUUCAGACCUUCCUCCACUUUCAAGUGCUUUAAUGACAGUAGUGAACAAGUCAGCAAAUGUGGUCAGGUCUUUUUUAAAAGAGUUAAUAGAAUCCAUUGAGUCUGAAGAAAUUGAAGGAUUUGUUAGCAUUACAGCAACUGUGUACAUUGUGGCUUUAAUUAAAGGCAAACAUAGGCUUUCACUUGUAAAGGAUAUCGCAUCUGCCCUUCAAAGAAAGUUAAGUUCAUGCAGUGAUAUUACCAAGGAUGAUGAUAGCAGUGUGCAAAGAGCCUUGUGUGAAGCUGCUAUGCAUAUUUUGGAUGAAAUACUGAGUCCUUGACCGAAUAACUAUUUACAAGUCAAGAAAAUGGGAAACAAUAUAUAUUCACUCCUUCCAGAGAGAACCUGAUUAUUUAAAAUGUCCAGCAUAUUGUCUUUGAUGGAAGAACAAAGCUAUUUUGAUCAGUGCUGCCUGUGAUUAUUGGCACACAUAAUAUUUAAAAGCAAACUUGUAUGUUUAUUUUAUAAUAUUGUCAGAAGCACCUUUAGAAGCUCAAUAUUUUUGUACAUUGUAUUAAAUAUUCUUAAAAGAGUUA